UUAGCAGAUUAGCCUUUCAAAAGAGAACCCUUCAGCUGCCCUGAUGGAAAUCAGACGUCCACUGUUUUACACCGUUAAAGAAACACCACAUUGAAGCUGUGUGAGGUUGCGCCAUGAGUUCACGAUGUCGUAUGAGAACCAAAGAGAUUCAGAGGAGGAUGACAGUGAUGAUGACAGCGACAGCGAAUCAAGUGGAGGACGACACGGUUCAGCUCUGAGCACUUUCUUCACGAGGUUAUUUUCAGGUUUUCUGCGAAACUGGGGCUGCCUCCGAGGCGUUCACAACAUGUUGAACAUUCCGACCCAGGCGUUCCCUGCGCCGAACUCCCAACAGCGGAUCGGUCCGUCCUCACAGUCCGGGAGGAACAAGGUGGCCUUGAAGCCCGGCCACAGUCUUAUGGACUGGAUUAGGUUUUCCAAGAGUGGAAAAGAUCUGACCGGCCUCAGAGGGCGCCUGAUUGAAGUUACCCAGGAAGAGCUGCAGAAACACAACACAAGGGAUGACUGCUGGACCUGUAUACGAGGUAUGGUUUACAAUGUGACCCCCUACAUGGACUAUCACCCUGGUGGAGAGGAGGAGCUAAUGAAGGCAGCUGGAAUAGAUGGCACUGAACUGUUUGACCAGGUGCAUCGCUGGGUGAACUAUGAGUCCAUGUUAAAAGAGUGCCUCGUGGGCAGGAUGGCCACAGCCAUUAAAGCCUUCAUCCCUCCACCACCACCACCACCGACUAGCCUUGCACCACCUAUCUCACUGGCUCCCCCCACAGAAAAAGACUGUCGACCUCGGUACGACUGGUUCCAGACAGAUGUGAGUGUUCAUCUGGUCAUUUACGCAAAAAGGAAGAUCCCCAGUACAGGCUGUACCAGUGUUGACCUCGAGGCAGGCGUUCUCCGACUAGAAGUGCUGCUGGGGAAAAUGUCCUACAUGAUACAUUUACGUCUAGCAGAUGAAGUUGAGGAAAAUGUUGCUGUCCACACUGCUGCCUCAGUGGGAAAGAUCCAGGUCAGCGUACGCAAACAGGCUAAACAAAAAUGGACAAGUCUGGGUCAGCCACUGGAAUUUCACAAUACUUUCCUACGCAAAAAAGACCGAGCUCUCUUCUAUCGGGAUUGUGUGUUGGUUUCUAAGACUGAGGUGAACCAUAACACCCAUGUGUUCAGACUGCAACUUCCACGUGGAACUGUCAGGCAUGUGCCUGUUGGAAAACAUGUCUACCUCAAAGCCCUGAUUAAAGACACAGAGGUAGUGAGGCCAUACACUCCAGUAGAUGAGUCCAUGGCAGUAGCCUCCCAUCACUCCUCUCAGGAUUCAGACCUCUACCUCAUGAUCAAAGUUUAUCCUGACGGAGUGCUCACCCAACAUCUCAACAGCCUACAGAUCGGUGACCUUAUAUCUGUUAGUGGUCCAGAGGGUACCUUCAGUCUCCGCCCCCUUCGUGAUGUCACACACCUCUACCUUUUAGCAGCAGGCACUGGGUUCACACCCAUGGCUCGCCUCAUCAGACUGGCCCUACAGGACAUUGACACCAUCAGAAAAACCAAGCUGCUCUUUUUUAACCGACAAGAGGAGGACAUUCUAUGGCGCUGUGAACUGGAUGAACUGGCUGCUAAUGAUGCGAGGUUUCAGGUGGAGUAUGUUCUCUCUGUGCCCUCUGACGGCUGGACUGGCAGGAAGGGUCGGGUUGAUGAGUGCAUUCUCAAGGAUUUCCUCAGCAGGCCAGAUGGGUCUAAAUGUUACGUGUGUGUGUGUGGCCCCACAGUCUUCACAGAACUCACAAUAGGGUUGUUGAAGCAGCAGGGCUUCAGUGAAGAAGAGCUCCAUGCCUUCCAGGGCUGAUGAUCUUAGUCUCAACCCAACUCCACACUGCCAGAGGGAGGGGUGGGGACGCUAUUUUAAUUUAUUGUAUUUCUAUGCACCAAGGACGUGAGGAUGCUUACAGCAGACGUCACGUCCCAGGCGUUGCUGUGCUGCCGUAGGAUUCUAGUGAUUGUGGACAGUUUGGUCAGUGUCUGGAACAAAGUUGAAAGAAAACUGAGUUGAAAAAUUGUAAAGAUGUGUCAAAUAAAAGUAAAAUAUACUGAGACAAAGAGAAAUGAAUGAGAUUAUAUAAACUGAAAGGGUAUAUGCAAUAUUAGAGAGCACUGACAUGAGCUUCAUAGUGUAUUGCUGAGGAUCCUCUGAAAACACUUGAUCUUCCAGUUCCAUGUAUGCAGUUGCAGCAGAGUUAAAAUCCCUGCAGAGAAAAAGAAGGAGUUUUUUUGGAGUCUUUGAGGUUUGGUCUCCCAUUCAUCAGGCUGGGUAAUUUAAUUAUCACCUCAGAGUGUAGUCAGAUUUUGAGUCAUGAAGUUGACCUUUGUAGCCAAGCUGAUUUUUACCUUUUAAAGACUAAAAACAUACGUACAGGAUAUAAACUGCUUCCGUUGCCUUAUGCACAAUUUUACUGGGGAGUUAACUGAGGAAACAAAGGUAACCACCCAGCACAUGGUGGAACUAAUGUAAGUAACAAAGUAGCAUAACUGACUCACUGGAAACAUGUUCAGGGCUUUAGUGUAGGCUGGUUGGUUAGUGUGGGCUCAUCGAUGAUAGUUGUGUUAGUAUUAACUCAAUAAAGCCACUAACGUAGCUCUUCAUGAAUUGCUGAUAUGUCAUACCAGUCACUCACAGAAAGAGGAUUAGCAUGCUGUUACUAUUGUAAACACUGGUUCUGGUUAAGUGAUGAGACCUGGCACACACAUUUCCCACAUGGCAUCAUAGGGGUUAGGAACAAGGUGGAUAGUGACUAGUCACUUUCCUGCAACAGAUUGUUGUAAGUAUUCUGAGACGACGGUGACGUAACCUGCGAUCAGUGGGUGUCUAGUGUCUGAGAACACCUCAGACCACCUCGGUCUGGCCAGGGUUGACAAUUUCUCUUGUGCUCCUCUGAUCGUAACAUGCCACAGUCAUCUCUAACAUGCUGACUGUCUCAAGGCUUCUGACUGUAAGGCAAUGCCAGGGUCACGGUUUCAGCAAACUUGUGUCCACAGGCAGCUGCCGGUCAAUCACUAGAUGGGGGGCCUUUUGAAAUCCUGGACUGUUACUGAGGCUUCUUACCAGUUCCCAUGAGCUCCUUGGUGGGUGGAGGUGUUUGCUGCUGCUGAUGGCUGAUGUGACGUGCUCUGAUACUGCUUCAGGGCCCUCUGGCUGCUCAUUGUUGUACAUCAAGUUCCUCCUUGGGAUAUCAGUGUUUGGGUUUGGGAUUGUCUCAAUAUCAGAUCAAAAAACUCCCCUUCCUCUCCUCUCUGCUUCCUAGUCCAUGGCCCUCAGCCAUAUCAUAGCAAAUGGCGGUAAAGCUGCCUCGCCUCACCCAACCGAGAUAGUCAGUGACUUCCAUUGCCUGCUGUGCUUUCCAGGCCUCAUUAGUGCCUGCCUGCACCUCCUCCUGGACUAGUUGGCAUCUGUCCUAGACCUGGACCUGGAAUGCUGCCAAGCCCCAGUUGAUCUAUUGUGGCCAUCCCUUAUCUUUAUCCUUAACUGAGAGUCCCACUUCAUCCCUAACCAUCCACCCUUCCAUCUGGUGACCAAAGAUGAAGUUACUAUUUAGGCAGAGACCAGUGUUCGCUACUGAAGUCAGAUUCUCAAAAGAUGAAGGCAAAUCAUUGCCAAGACUAUAGAUUAGUACCAGAAAACUAUCCAUACUUUUAGAUGUGGGAAGAAGUGCUACUUUUGAUCUGAAGCCAUACAUAUCUAGGGUUUAGUUACUCCAUAAAUUGUAAUCCUUGAGAUCCUGAUGAUGAUGUGUCUUUGCUGCACUUACCAGAAAUCACUUGAACAGCAGCACUGCAUUUAAUUUGAGUUUUGAAUUUUGAGUUGUUAAUAAAGACUGAAGCCACCUCCUCAAAAGAUCGCUACACCACCACGAUGAGAAAUCUAGAUCCUGCCAGGGAUGCUGAAUCACGUACAAAGUAGACCUAACACCAUGUCCAGCCAGCUGCUCUCAGGUCACAGCCAGGUUUAUUGAAACCAUUGGUGUUCCAUCUUGUACCACAGAAAUAAUUGUCAUGAUUGUCAUGAUCAUCAAACACAACAGCAGCUCAUUUCACUGAUCAACACAGAUUUGUUUUAUGCCUGAGUUUGAAUUUCUUCUCCAAAACUGCAUAGUGUGUCUUUAAAGAUCUGCCAGUCUGAAGUGACAGACACAUCCCCCACUGUUGGGAAGACAUGAUGCAGUUCAGAGAUGGUAUUCUAUGGUUUAAAUGUUGUUUCAUAAGCUUGUCUCUCCUGACCAGAAAUCAGCUCUGGGGGAGUCACUGAAUACUUACACUGAAUGAAAGGUCAAAGAAAAUGAUGCUGUGUAUUGGCACAACAUUCUGGCAGCAUCAUUUUUUAUAAACAUAGAGAGCCCAUUAAAGCUCAACCUCAGUACUUUGUGUUCUUUGUUUUGUAAGGAAGUGAUUGAAGAAGCGCUCCUCUGGCCUGUCAAGUGUAAUAAAGUUGUUCCUCCUCUAA